CGUAACCAUGUCGACCGUAGCUCAACAGCAGGGCAUUCGCCGGCGAUUUCCAAGACAAUAUCCAGGUCUCGAAUCCGACAUACAGCCCGUUCCAGUCAACAGCAGGUAUACGCCCCCGCUAAAGAAUAUCGAGCUUCUUGAGGUGGCACACAUAUUCAGCCGCCUCGAAUGCCGAAUUCUUCAAGGUUCUGCCCAGGUUCUGCAAAACCAUACUCUAAACGAGGACCAGAGGGAGCCCGAUGAGCAACAGCGUUUGAUUCGCCUUGAAAAGGCUGACCGCGACCUACUUGACGUCCAUGGCGGCAAGUAUCAAUUUUCAGUAGGCUAUCUAAAAGAUCGGGAACUUUUGAGGGAAUGGGGUUUUGCCGCUGCUGUGCACCGUGAAUUAUUCAGACAAGAUCCCACAAGCAACGACCAGGAAAAUUACCAAAUUGCAACAGCCUCUGCCAAAGGUCUUGAGAAAUUAGCAUCUCCUCUGCCAGCAGCAUUAAAGCUGGCUGCCGAAAAAGGGAGCCUUGACGUGUUGACAAGGAAUGCGAUAGGAGAUAAAUAUUUGUUUCUGGAUGCGAUAAUUAAUCUCCUUCACGAAAAACUGUCUACAAAUCGUCAGUUGCCAACAUGGGAAAGCAUCUCUGAGAAUCUCAGGGAGUUAUCCUCGAAAGCCUCAGUAUCCAAGGCCACAACAACAGAUGAGAAUAUAGGCUCUAAGGCUUUCUCUAUAAUACUAUGGACUACUUUCUUUAUUACAGUGUUCUGUAGCGGCCCAAUGCUCGCGUAUGCUUGGAACUUCUCAGAUCGAAAGCCUGGUCUUUGGGCAGAAGAAGAUUUCUUUUUUCUCCUUCAGGGCUGCAUAUUGCAGGUCUUCAGUCUUUGUGUUAGUGCAUUUUCGCUUAUGAGGGGCAGGACAGUACCCGUGGCUGCUUGGCUCUUGCCAAGCGGUUUCGCAGUGGUUUUAACGAUUUUCUCGCCAUUUUUCUACUGUUUUGUAUCAAAAUGGUGGAGUUCAUUUGUUGUCUCAAUGGCGGCGUCAGUGCAGGCAUUUCUAGUGCUUCAAAUCGCACUUUAUAAUAUGUAAUAUAGAAAGUAGUUAGUUUGCAAUAUUUAUAACGUUGUUUAGUUAGGACCUAGAAGGGAUAUAGAAUUAGUUUGAGA